AUGACUGCGGAUUGCUAUUAUGAUCAAUAUAGCACAGAUACAGCUAAGCACUGCAAAAAUACAAAUUUAAUACUGUUUUAUAUGCAUUUACAGCUUGUCAAUAACGAUUUAUCAACUGUUCAAAAACUCAAUGAAUGCGCAGGCCAAAACUGUAAUACAGGAAUACUUUUAAGCUACCCAAAUACUUGCGUUCAAAAUUGUGAUACCAAAUCCUGUGCUUAUUCUUGGCUCAAUUGCCUACCAGAAAAAACUUCGCGUUGUCAUGAUAGAAAUUGCAAAUCCUGCUAUGGUCCGGACGAUGGACAGUGCUAUAUGUGCGACACUAUGAAUUCAUAUCAAUUUUAUGGGUAUUGUUUAAAGGCAUGUCCUUGUGGAUAUACAGCUAAAUCAAUAGCAGGCUCUUAUCCUCUAUGCUUGCCUAAUGAUGAUAGCUCUACAAUGGUAAGUCCGACAUAUUAUUAUGUGACAUCUCUCACAACGAAUGAUCAAGCCGGUGGAGAUGGUACCAGAGAAAAUCCAUUCGAGUCAUUAUCUCUUGCUUUGACAGCUAUAAACAGCAAAUAUUCAGUUGUUAUACUGCUUAAUGAUGGAGUUCAUUAUUUGACACAGCUGAAUAAAACAAAUAUUAUGUCAGUUGUGGCGCCGGAUAGCUCAAAACCAUAUAAUUCUAAAACUCGCAGAAAAAGCUUAUCAAUAAUUUCUGAAAAUAGCAGUAAGGUAUAUUUUAAGCCAAAAACUGACUGAAAUAUCCUGACCAUUACUACACAAAAUACUGAUACGAUAAUUAUAAGUAAUAUCAUUUUUGAUGGAAAUGAAUGGGCUCAUGGGCAUAACGGCUGCUUAGACGGCUAUUGCUCAUAUUGUCCAUUUAUAACUCAGCAAUAUGAUGGAAGCUAUAAAGAUGACAGAGGAAACACAAUAACUAACUUUACUGGCUCAAGUCUGUGUCAAAAAUACCAUAAAUGAAAUCUAAUUGAAGCUGUUAGUGGAACUACUUUACUCUUAUACAAUGUUGCUUUUAAUAACUGAUUAGAUUAGAUGAGAUUAAAAUUUAUAGGGGGUCGGGGUUUAUUUCAGCCCCUCUCCGUCCAACGGAUAGCUUCACGUUAGCGCUAAGCGCUAUCCUCACACCACCUUUUUCCCCACUGAUGUCACCAAAAAAAUGGUGACUUCAGAGGUCUGUCGGGGAGAAAAUCCUACCGUUCGGCCGAGCCUUUCUUGGUCCCAAAAUUCAGCUGACAGGGCUCAGAGUACGGGUGAACCGUCUUUUGCCUACUCCAUGGCCUAUCAGAAUCAUAUCGCAGGUUCAAGAUUGCUCCUCAUGGAGUAGCAUCUGGAUUUGCGCUGGUAGGGACUUCUGCAGGUAAGGAAAAAAAGAUCUAAGGUUAUCCCUUAGACCAAAAACCUACCCCGGAGAACUAUCGCCAUGUGGCUCGCCUUUCCUGGCCCGGAUCUACUCACAGGUUGUCAGGAGUCCACGUCAGAUCACGCCAUUUUGAUAAUUCUUUUUAAUAACUGAAGAAUGGAAGAAAAUUCAAUUAUUUUUAGCAACGGAGGGACUGUCAAGCUUUAUAAUGUUGAUUUUGAUAAUAUAAGGACAAAUCCGAGCUCAGGAUCUGCAGUAGUUGUAUUUCAAGAUUGCUUGCAAAACUCUGGAUAUACUUAUGGUUGUGGGAAUUUUUCUUAUAGUGGAGGGAAAGUUACAAGGCUUAACAACGGCUUUGAGUAUUCUUCAUCGUUAACACUAAAAGGAUUUUUCAGGGCAGCUAGAGCUCAAGAUAUUUCUUUUGGUAGGGUGAUUUUUGAAAAUAAUGCUGUUUAUUCUCCAUCAAAUGCUGAUGAUGAUUCUUUAAUUUAUUUAGAAAUUUUCAGGACUCUAAAAAUAGAAUCCUGCACUUUUUCUUAUAAUUUGGUAUACUCUGCUUUGAUUUAUUUAAGUUCUUCCAAUCUUGAUCUAAAAUCGACUUUAAACUCUCAGAAUCAAGUUAUUGACUAUUUAAUUGACCAUAUAGUUAUUGAAGAUACAAUAUUUUCAUAUAAUUAUGGGUUUUACUAUGGAAUUUUUGCAGCUCAAUACCAAACUGAGCUGCAGAAUAUUUAUUGAAAUAAUGUAACAAUGGAAUGCAACGGCGCAGAAAAAGGGGCGUUAGUGUAUAUUUAUAACUCCGUUAUUUUAAACCAAUAUAUUUUUGGCCAAACUUCUACUGUAACAAAAUCUAAUGGUAAUAAAGUUAAGGCUUAUGAAAGAUAUAGGACUUUUAGCUGGGAUACUAUAAAAUUGAUAAACAAUAAUUCAGGAGGCUCUGGAAUGUGGGAUUUUACAAAACUUGUAAACUUGAACUUAAAUGCUAUUAAUGUGACUGAAAAUGGAACUUCAAAUAAUACAGUUAACAGCAUUGUCAUUUCUGUAUGGAAAAUAGAUACUAAUAUUUAUUUAAAAAAUCUAAUAUCAUCCUCAAUUUCCUUAUUCCACACUCCGUGAGCGAACCAAACCUAACAUUAACUUAAAUAUUGAGAAGUUCGCUGUAAUGCCUCGAGGACCUACCUCCACCCGUAUUGCUUCACCGGCUGCUCACCACCGACCGACCACGGCCUUCUAAAGUGUUGCUCCUUCUGGACGAGAAUGUGCACUCGCUACCCGAAGUUGGAUGAGUUGAGCCACCGUGCCGUACGCCAACAGAGUUGUCCUUUCCGAAAAUUUUGAAAAACAAAUUUUCUGGUCGAACUCACAGCCAAAAUGAAAAUCUAAAGCCUGGGACGUAACCCCCCAGUUUCACGCUAGAGAAUUGCCCGAUGGACCAAGAGGAACCUCAUUGGUGCUGCUGAGCUUCUCCUUUCCAACCUUCGACUCCAUUUCCCCUGAGGUAAAAUCCUUGCCAUCAGAGUGAACUGCGGUCGACCAAAUUUCGACAUUGCGCUCCACUGUGCCAAGGAAAUACCUAGCCGGAUACCUAUACCGAGCGCCAAAUUCACUUCCACGAGGUCCCCGGGUCCUAGAAGGUCCCAGCUACAGGUGUUGAGAAAAAGGGCUGGUUCGCCGUCGCCAUUUUAAUAAGUAUGAGCGAACCAAACCAUUACUAAUUUUUGCUAAAGAACCUACUUCAUGAGCAAACAAAAAUUUUUAUAAUAGAAAAAAUGUUUUAUGAAAAUAAAUGAUAUAUAAAUGAUAAUUAUAAUGAAAUCCCUAUCUAAUUCUGUUUAAUUUUAAGCAGCUUACAUUUUAAAUCACAAAUUUUACAAAUUAAAUUAAUUUUUACUUCUCAUUCUUACAAAUUAGAAUUUUUUUAAAUUUCGAAAAAAAAAAUUACUAUAAAAUUAUAUAAAACAAAAAUUAAUCCCCUCUGUGAGGAACAAAAUGUUUUUGUUCGCUAAGGAUCGGGGAGUUAGAUAUUUCUUCUUUAGCGUCUAUGAACUCACUGAUAAAAUUUACAAUUGAAAACUCAGAAAUCAAAAAAAAUUGCGCAUCAUCUUCAACUCCUUAUAUAUUUCUGACAAAUUCAAAUAUAACUGCUUUCAAUCAUGUCAUUUUUGAUAACAAUUUAGGUAAAUCUGCAGAGUAUCCGACUGUUUUGUAUAUAAAUGGAGGCAAUCAAACUGAUAUAAUAGAUUCUACCGCAAAUGUAAACAUAAACAAUGCAGAUCAAGGAUAUGGGACUAUUUAUGCAAAAGGCAGCGCUUUAAUAUUAAAAAUUCAAAAAUCAACUUUUAGUUGAAAUAACGCGAAUGAUGGAGGAGGAAUUUUGUUUUCUGGGAAAUCACUUUUUAUAUCAAAUAGUUCGUUUACAAAUAAUUAUGCUAAAGCAAAAGGUGGAGCGUUGUAUGUUAUGCAGAUAACUGCUGGCAUUAUGGAAAUUUCAAUAGAUUCAUGCAGUUUUAUAUCGAAUAUUGCAUUAAUAUCACAAGGUGGAGCAAUUUAUGUAGAAACACACAAUAUACAUAAAAAUGGGAUAAAAGACUAUUCGACUUCUUAAACCUAUUUCUUCAGGAAAAGCCCAGUGAUAAGGGGAAAGGCAUAAAGAGGUUGGCAACCCUUUGUGUAUAUCGGGCUAGGUUGUUCUUGGACCCUAGGGAGCUAAUCCCUAAGAUUUUGAGUUUUUAUUUGUGGAACCAUUAUUGGAAAGGGCAGGGUCAGAAAAGCGGACAUAAAUCCUUCAAUCAGGGCUCAAGAUGUGCAUCUGCCUAGCGAGAAAUUGGAGUUUCGACCUAAUUGGUAGGCCUAUAGACUCCAGAGUCAUGGAAGUCAAGAAUGGUCAUGCAAAUUCUUUGCCUGUGGUGGGGAAGAAGAGAGUCAGCCGGAGUGCCUUGGGGAAUGAUGAAUAUGUAGGGUGUAAACCCCGGCCUCCCAAGGAUAAAGAGCAUAUUAAAAUUAUGUAGAAAACACUGGAGUUGUCACUAAUAUUGCAACUUUUGCUAUAAAAGAUUCAAAAUUCACUCAAAAUUAUGGCAGUUAUGGAGCUGCUAUUUAUAUAGAUAGCACAGUAAAUCUUGAUCAAAAUAGCAACUCAUCCAUUGUUUCUUCUAGCUUUAUACAAAAUAAUUCAACAACAUCAGGAGCCAUUGCACUUUAUUUUUUAAGUGGAAUUUUUCUUAUUUCAGAUUGCGAAUUUACUUCCAAUAUAGGAAGACUUGGCUCAUCUUUGCAUUCAGAAAUUGCAGCUGAGUCAAGUAGCUACUAUUCGAGACUUACAAUAAAAUCAGCUGAUUUUAUCCAAAAUAGUGGUCUUGCAGUUAUUUAUAUGACAAAUUCUGAUGUUUAUUCUCGGGAUCAGAUCCAAUGAUCGUGCAUUUUUGAUAGUGUGCAUUUCACCGAAGCACUUUUGGUUGAAAUUUUUAAUAGUGAUAUAUAUGACUGAAAAACCCGUUAAAUUUCGAUGAAAUGUCACACUAUUUAAAAAUUUUCAAUCAAAUGUACUUCGAUGAAAUGCAAACUAUCAAAUAUCCGCUGUCAUUUGACAUGCCUUAUUCUCAUCUUAUUACAGACUCUUGCAAAUUUACAAAUAACGCAGCAACACCUAUAACAUUAGAUAAUGACCAUUGGGAAGAUACAAACUCCGAACUAACUUAUAACGUUGGAAGCCCAUCAGGAGGAGUAAAAAUGCUUGAGGCCUCACUUGCUGUAUGCGAAAAUACGAUUUUUUCUUAUUAGAUUAUUAGAUUAGAUUACGACUGGGUAUUUAAAGUCCCCACUUCGUUCGAGGAAGCAUUCUACGGUUUCCCGUAUGGUGGCAGAGCGUUCACCAAGCCCGGGCCGAAACCCCCGGUUUCUCGGUAGAGGCAUUGUCAAGGGCCGUCUCAUACCGGCUUUGCUGACCGCCUCCAUUUCCAACUUGGAUCGUCGCCUAAGUUUACGCCAACACUGCCGCGUCGUCCGCCAGAUCUGCCCAUUGAAGGGCACCUUUUAAACUGGAGAGACUCCCGUUUAGUCGUCUAACUCGCCUUCCCCUCUUUUCCGGUCAUCCCGAGAAAGAACUCAACAGCUUUCGCCAUUCGGGGUGAGCCAUAAAAGCAGCUUAGGCAGGUAAGUCGCCCUGCCUCAUUUCGGGCACUCACUGGGCUGAGCGCUGCUAGCAAAAAGAAGUCACGAGUAUCUGCCCAUGGGUCUGGUCACAAAAACAGCGGCUUUUGCGCUUAGGCCUCUCGCUUCGAGGUCCCAGACGUUGUUGGGCUAACUCCUGGCUCCAAAAACCAUGCCCGGAUAUAUAGAAGUUUCCUAUGUUUGGCGCUGUAAGGCCGAUAAAUUCUGAUCGGAAUUUAUCGGUAGGUUGCACCAAAUCAAUGCCUUGGUCGGACCAAAAAGCGAUUUGGUCCGACGAACUUGGAAAGCUCCUGGGAAAAUGUCUGCGCUUUUAGCGCUAUAUAGAGGAAACCUCUAUACAUGGGUAACCACCACUUAGAGGGUGGGUCGGUCGCCGUCCGCCAUUUUAUGUAUAUCCGAUUUUUUCUUAUAAUCAAGUAUCUUCAGAUGGAGGAGCUGUUUCUGCAGGAUCAGGUUCUAAAUUUUAUUGUUUAGGCUGCACAUUUAUAGGAAAUACAGCAAAAGGCUCAGGUGGGGCUAUUUUCAGUGAACAGAAAUCGUUUUUUAACAUCACAAAAUCUAAUAUUAAAGGAAAUAAAUGCGCUGAUAAAGGAUCUGCUAUAUAUAUGCUAGGGUCAACUACUCCAAUUUCUAUCAUUUUGAACUCUACAAUUUCUUAUAAUAAUUCCACAAAUGAAGCUAGUAUUGCUCUUCUUGACUCUUCUAUAAGCAUUGAAUCAUCUACUAUAACCCAAAAUAUAGCAUCAUAUAUUACCCCUGGAAUCCUUUUAACACUUUCACAGGCUACAAUAGCUAACUCUGCCUUUUCAAGUCAAAAUGGAGACCAAGGAAGCUUUAUAUAUGCGACCAAUAUGCACUAAUAUGUAGAAGGUAAUCACUUGGCCUCUUGGCUGAAUUUUCCCAACCCCUGUGGCGAAUACCCAGGUGGAGAAAUCAAGUUAAGAAAAACCUCCAUCAUACAUGAUGCAUAUUGAAUUGUCAUUUCUCGUGCCUUAGGAGCUAAUCCUGGGAUAUGGGCUUUUGGCUCUGUUAUUCUUUUAAAGGGCAGGGUCAGCGAGAUAUCAUAUCGACUAGAGUAAAAGGCUCCUUUUAGACAGCAUAUGCCUAGUACGAUCCAGAAAUUUGUGUAUUGGGGAAUCACCCAAAGGACUUCGGAGCCUUUAAGUCCUUUCCGAUUGUGCAAGACUCUCCUGUGUCGGAAGGAAGGGUGCCUGCUGAUAUCUCUCUGGGAUAAUGAGUAUGCAAGGGUGCAGCUUUAAGCCAGUCCUUUAAUGGCAAAACGAUUGCAAAUCUAAUCUAAUCCAAUCUAUUAUAUGCGACUGCUCAAAGCAUAGCAAGUAUUUUUAACACAACUUUUAUAGAUGGAUCAAGUGCAAGCUCAGCUGGGUCUAUUUUUUCUAUUUCUAGCACAGUAAAUAUUUAUAAUGGGAUCUUUAAUAGAAAUAGCGCCAAAAAUGGAGGAGGUGGAGUAAUUCUGUCUUAUUCAAGCAGCACUUUGCUCAUAAAUAAUAGCGCAUUUUAUAACUCAUAUAGCAAGGAUGUAGGGGGAGUGAUAAUCGGCUAUGAAAGUGAUCUGAUUAUUGAGAGCACGGUUAUGAAAAAUUACAAGGUAGGCGCUAUUUAUGGAUCUAAAAUGAAUUCUGUGUAUAUAAAAGACUCAAAAUUUUAUAAUGGGAUUGGCACCAAUGGAGGCUCAUUAACUUGCAUUUCUUGCAUAUCAGUCUAUUUAAAUAACUGCUAUUUCCAAGAAAAUACAGCAGAUACUGGUGGUGCCAUCUAUUUAUCGACAUCAAGCGACACAGAAAUAGAAAACCCUUAUAUUAUAGCAGAAUCAUCAUUUUGAAACAAUUCAGCAUCAUUAGGAGGUGGAAUAUACACAAACGAUAUCAGUUUAAAUGUAUCUUCUUCUGAAUUUGUAGGAAAUAUCGCAAAUACGACUAGCGAAAUUGUGGGAACUACCCCUACUACUGGAAAUGGAGGUGGAAUAAAUUUAGCUUGCUCAGAUUUUACGACUUGUGUAUUUAAUAUUACCUAUAACAGCUUUAUAGAAAAUUAUGCUAAAUAUAAUGGAGGAGGCAUAAACUGAAUAGAUGUGUUUCCUAUAGCUUAUGGGAAUUCAUUUCAUGAUAAUGAAGCUUCUUAUGCACCUGAAAUUUCUUCUUUUGCAAUAAAAUUGAUGGCUAUAGAUAUAUAGGGCCUUCCUAUAGAUGGCGCGCAAUGCGUCAUCACCGAGCCAUGUCGGGAGAGGGUUCCACACGAGGAAUGGUUCUACGUGUAGAACCCCCUUUUUGACCUGUGAGAAAACUACUUUCUACGAGCCAAAAAGAGGGUUCCACACGUAGAACCAUUCCUCGUGUGAAACCCUCUCCCGACAUGGCCCGGUGAUGGCGCAUUGCGCGCCAUCUAUAGGAAGGCCCUAUAGCUCUUUAGACAUUUUAUUUGCUAAAAUUAAUUUAUAUUAUAUAAAAAGCCUAAAAAAAAUUUAAUGCGAAUAGUUAGCAAAAAGCUAAUUAAUCUAUAAAAAUGGGAAUCUAGUUGAAUAUAGUAGAAGACUAGAUGACAUCCCAACAGCGACCUCUAUUUCUGGCAUUGCUUCCGGUCAAGAAAUGACUCAAAGCAUUACACUAGCAUUGGUAGAUUAUUAUGGAAACAUUGUAGCAACAGAUAGCUCAAGCACUGCACAACUUUUUCCUGAAGAUUCAACCUCAACGACCUUAUCUGGGUUAACAAAAACAACUGCAAUAAAAGGGAUAUAUUAUUUUGAUAAUUUCAUAGUUUCUGCUAAGCCAGGAACAACGAUUUCCAUAAAAACAACUUCUACAGGUAUAGAUACAACGAAACAGUCAAAAAUUGCAACAAAUGUUACAUUUAUUCCUUCAGUAACUAUUGAUGUUACUCUUCGCCUAUGCAUAAUAGGAGAAGCCACUGUAGGUGUUAACUGCGAAGUUUGUGGAAUUGGAUAUUAUAGCUUAAACCCUUCAAACACUCAAUGUAUUCCCUGUCCUUCACAUUCAGCGACUUGUUAUGGAAACUAUACUAUUGUUCCGCAAAAGGGGUAUUGAAGGUCGAGCAAUAUGUCUGAGAAUUUUCUUGCCUGUCCAAAAUCUUUAGCUUGUUUAGGCUCUCCACAGCCUCCAAAUCUAUCUUUUACUGGACUUUGCCAUGAAGGAUAUACAGGAAAUUUGUGCCAGGCAUGCGAAAAUGGCUAUUCGAGAACCAGCACAAAUACUUGCGGGAAAUGCCCAAAUGCAGUUUCUAAUGCUUUUAAAGUAAUUGGGAUAAUGCUUGCUGUGAUUUUUAUUUGUGGAAUAAUGGUAAAAACGACUAGGAAUUCUGCUUAUAAGCCGAAGUCAGUGCAAUCAAUAUAUAUAAAGAUUUUUGUGAAUUAUUUACAAAUUGUGAUGCUUGUGACUACUUUUGACUUGCAAUGGCCGUCUAGUGUGACCCAACUAUUUUCCAUACAGAAUGAUACAGGAUCAGUAAGUGAACAGGUUUUUUCUUUUGACUGCUUUUUAGACACAGGACAAGGUAAUGACCAAGUUUAUUUCAAUAAACUUAUUAUUAUGAGCAUAAUUCCAGCAAUUAUAGGAUUGAUUUCAAUACUAUUUUGAGGAUCUGUAGCAAUUUACAGAAAGACUUUGAAUUCAUUUAAAAAUGAUUUAAUUUCUACAAUCGUAAUUUUGCUGUUUCUUUUCCAUCCAAAUUUAGUAAAGUCUAUGUUUGCAGUGUUUUCCUGUAGACAAAUUGACGAAGGAGAGUACUGGCUUGUGCAAGAUUUAGACAUUCGAUGCUGGGAUAGGGGACAUGUAUUUUAUUCCCUAGCAGUUGCAGUCCCUUCUAUGAUAAUAUGAGGAAUCGGUAUUCCGACUGUUUCUCUAUAUUUUCUAUGAAGAAAUAAAAGAAAAUUAGACUCAAUUAGUGUCAGACUUCAGUUUGGGUUUCUUUUCAACGGAUAUAAAGCAAAAUCUUAUUAUUGGGAAUUUAUUAUUUUAUAUAGAAAAAUCCUUAUUGUAUGCUGCUCUGUAUUUUUAGCGAAUGUCAAUACCAGCAUCCAAGCAUUAACUGUCAUGAUACUGCUUUUACUUUGUCUUUACUACCAAAGUGUAGUUCAGCCUUAUGAUGGUGAUGUUUUGAAUAAAAUGGAAAUUCGGUCAAUUUUAGUAGCGGCUGUUACAAUAUAUUGUGGACUUUACUAUUUGACAGGGUCAUUAGAUUCAUUUUCAAAAACUGCUUUUUUUAUUUUAAUCUGUGCUGUAAAUAUAUAUUUCCUUUAUUACUGGCUUAAAAAAAUAUUUUGGGCUGGUUUUCAAAUCUUAACUGAUUUAAUUCCAUGCUUAAAACGAAGAUUUAGUCGGAAAGUAAUGGAUGGGUUCAGUGACGAAAUUUUUGAAAAAUCUGAGCUAAAUCACGUCAAAGUUAAACAAGGCGAAAAAUAUUUUUCAAUCAUUGCGAAUGAUGACCCAAUGUCAGCAUUGCCUGCUGAUUCAGAGCAAGAGAGCAUACUAAAUAUGGACAUGAAAAAAUUAUUUUUGUAUGUGGUCGAAGAAAAAAAUAAUAAUAACAAUAAAAGCAAUGCAUCAGAUGAAGAUUUUCCAAAUGAUACUCACAGAACAGCAAUUUAUGUAAUUAACAACAAGAGAAGCGAUAAUGCAGAUUUCCAAGAUGUGAAUCUACAAGUUUAA